CCACCCGUCCUCGUCGAAUCCAGCCGCUAGAGUGCCCAAGGAGGCACUCGAGCUCGCAUGCCCGGGGGCAACCCAACGCUAGGCGCCGACGGAGGGGACAUCUUCGCCGAAACAAUUUCAAUUUCCGGCGACGACGUCGUCCUCGCCGGCGGCGGCGCCAUGAACUUGUCCGCUCGUGUUCGCAGAGCGGGGGCAGGGUCGAAGGAGGCGGGAUCUGCAGGAGGUCAGGCGCUUCUGGAGCUGACGCCGCAUAGGACGGCGGUGUGCCAUCUAGUGCAGGUCUGCGCGUCGCCGGGGGCGCAGGAAGAGGGCCCCCUAGCCGAGCUGCCGUUCCCGUUCGAGUCCGUCGCCCACCACAUCUGCCUCGGGCUCUUCUUCUUCUCCCUCACCCAGAAACACCAAUUGUGGAUGGUGAUUGCGCUCAAUCUUCCAUGUUAUUGAGGAUUUUAGCCAGUCUAAGUAUGUUGGAGCAGAUUGGCCGAACAAUUUAACAAAAGGAACAAGUGAGCCGGUUCAUCGUCUCCCCAGAAGGUAAAUCCUCCAUUUCUCACAAGAUUUUCACAUGUAUUAAACAUGCUCUGCU